UGAAGAUGGUGGCUGUGUGUCAGACUCACUGUCCUACACAUUUCUACGUCUGACUUCUGCCUCCUCACUGACAUCACUGGUCCUUGGACCUGUUAACUCUGCAGCCAUGCAGCCGCCUCCUCGGACUGGACCGCCAGGAACUUCUGGCCCUCCUCCUUCUGGUGGGCCCAAUAUGUUCCGCAGGACCAGGCCUCACAAGCAUACAGCUGCUGCUGCUGCUGCUGCCACACUCCCCCCAACUACUCAACCCAUGACAGACCCUUUUGCUUUUGUCAGAGCUCCUACCCCUAUGGCUGCAGGGGGUCUCCCAACAGUUCCCAACAGCAACCCUCCACCCAUGCAAACUCCACCUAAUAACAUUUAUUCACAAGGUGGGUCUGGGCUGCCUCCACAACCACAACCGCUGCAAGAUGCAGCCUCAGCUACUCCUCCUGGUCCCCCACCAUCCUCUCUGCCAGGGGUGACUUUGUUUAACCCUCACAGUACAGUGUCUCCUGGUCUUUUGCCAGCACCUGUUCAGCCACCUGCUGGAUAUGCAUCCUCUCAUACAGAGCACAUUUAUUUUAAUUCAAGAGAACAUACACCAUCCAUGGCUGCAGAGCCACCACAUGAGGCCACAGCCCCUGCACCUAGUCAGACAACAUUUAACCAAGAAUUUCAAGGACAACCCCCUCCUCUGUCUGUCCCCUUCCAGCCAGUGCCUCCCGUCACUUCCUCUUCUCACUGGGUACCUGAUCAUGGAAGUCGCCCUCCAUGUCAGAACUAUUUCCAGCCCACUAGUGACCCUCCACCAACUUUUAAUGUACCUCCCCAGUCCCAGAUGUAUCCUACCCACACACCAUCACCCCAUCACAAUACCCCCACUCCUCCAAUACAGCCAGGACACCCCCAGGCCCCACUUCCUCCUCCUCACCAGAACCCCGGAAUGGCUUCUAGUUCUCAAUGGACUGACCCAAACCCACCCCCAGCAUUUAAUUCCCACCCCCAAACACAGAGCUAUUUCAGCCAGAGCUCAGCUCCCCAGGACUCAUGGUUCAACCAGCCUUCACAGGACUCAGGCUAUCACCAGAUGGGAACUCAUCCCCGGCCUGAUUCUGCCACUCACCUUGCAUUAAACCCUGGGCCUGGGCCUGGCCCAGCCCCUGCUUCAGCCUCGGCCCCUCCGCCUGCUCCUUUGUCUGCCCCUUCAUCUGCUCCCUACUCACAGGAGUCUGGUACACUCUCAAUGUUCUUCAAAGACAAUGAUGUGGAAAAUGAGGAAACAUUAGCUGGAGAGGCAAAAAAGGCAGUGAAUGGUAUUUUAGGAUCCUUUCAGCAUAACAGCAACCCACAAGCUCCCCCUCAAGCUCACAGGCAUGUAGAUGUACCUUUUGAUUUCCAAGGAGCUCCUUUGCAAGAUCACUCGCACUUACCCUACAUGAAUGACGGUAAUCAUACAUCACAAGGAAAUAGCCAAAAACCCCCUGACUCCCAGUAUGACCAUGUAGAGAAUUUGGAAUGUGUCCCAAAUCAGGAAGUAUUACCUAGCGAAACUCAUGGCAGCCCGGCUGCAAUUACUGCCCAUGGAGUAACCUGUUUUGAAACGGGGCCUAACCUGGAGACACCAGAUUCUGUUCCUAGACCAAUGAGAUCUGCCAGUUCAUCCAACUACAGCAAUAUGAGUCAUGGAAGUGGAACUGGCACCCGACGCCCAGGAAUAGUAGGGACUUUUAUUCAGCAGGAAAGCCCUCGUCUUGCUGAUGAUGCUCACCUACCUGCUGCAGCCGGAGGCUACUUUGAGCAGAUUGACACUUCACCAGCAGGAGAUAUGGGUGCACAGCAAAACUCCCCAGAGCAAAUAUGGGCUCCCACCCCGAGUCCUCCCAAGCCAACUGGUAUCUUUCAGGCCAGUGCAAACAGUUCUUUUGAACCAGUGCGCUCACAUGGUGUUGGUGUUCGUCCUGUUGAAGUUGAUAGGGCAAAUAUGGUUGUGGAAGGUGGUGCAGAUUCCACGCCUGGCAACCUCGAACAACCACCAGACAAUAUGGAAAAUAUUUAUGGCCCAGGAAACUCCCUGCCUACUGUGGCUGGAGGAGGUGUACCUCAUUUGACACAUCCAGUUGUUCAUUCUCACUCACGACCUUCAUCCCGAGCUUAUGGGGCCAAUCGGCCUUGCGAGAGUCCUGCCACUACUCUGUGGGCUCAAAAUGAUCCCACUAGCUUGGGUGUUAACAUCCUGCUAGCCCCUGCCGCACCAACAGUCUUAGCCCCCUUACGAGAGCCUAGCAGUGAUGUCAUCCAGCCUCCAGAGGAUGGUCCACUGGAUCUCCAUCCUCCCCAGAGAGUUCAACCAACUUCACAGCAAAACUCUGAAUCUCGAGAAUCCACCAAGGUGAGUGAGGCCGAGCCAAAUGACUCUCAAGGCAACCUGGGCUAUGCAUCUCUCUGGUAUCUAUCUCUGCAUCAGCCUGUUUUGAUUGCUCCGCCAGUGUCUAAUGUGAUUCCCCCGAAUACCCUUACCCAACCAGCCAGUCAAAGUAGCCUUAGGGAAACUACCCCACCUGUGAGAUUAGUUUCACAAGGACAAGGUGGUUGUGUCUCCCAACCACCUUCAGCCGCGUCUAAUCAGAAUCCACUGUUUGCCCCUGGACCUGUGAGUUUUAGUUCUUCAGCCUCUAACCAGGGCCCGCUAAAUCUGACUCGAGACAAAACAGAUGUAUCAUCGUCAGAAAUCACAGCUCUGCCACAGCCGGUUCGCCCUCCGCUUUCAAGGGGUCAGUCAUUGGUGGGGGAUAGCCACUCUGCUCUCCAUGUUAAUCCACAAUCUUCUCUUGUGGCUUCUUCCAUCUCUAAUCAUAAUCAUCCAACAAAUUAUGAACUGCUUGAUUUUUCUAUGCACCAAUCACAAACCCAAAACCAAGCAACUGGCCAUUCCUCUCUGCACGACUCUACACAGUGUAGUAAUGGAUUUUACCUACAGGUCACCAAAGAUGCUCAACAGGGUGUGAAAGCAGAUGGGGAUGCAUCUGUCCGGACCCCAGUCUCCUCAUCUACGCCACAGGUGCCACCAGCUCCCACGCAACCAGCACCUCUGAACACCCAGCAGCCACCACCCGAACUUACAAAACCAUCCAAUUCUCAGGCUGCACCACAAGGACAAAAUGACCCUCCUCCUGUUCCUGUGAGUGGAGCACAAACUUCCCAAGGCCAGUAUUCAAAUCCAGCACAGGGGCCUGCUGCAGAGGGUGCGCCUCCUCCUCCUGGUGCUGCGUAUCCUCCAGGGCCUCGGGGGCCGGUACCUCCAGGUGCUCCCCAGGCUCCUCCAGCAGAACAACCUCGACCCCCCUCCUCUUCUGGGAGUCAACAGGGUUAUGGACCCCCUCCUGCAUCAGGGCAAAUGUAUGGAGGCUAUUAUGGAGGUAGCUAUGGAGAUUACCCGGAUGGCAGAGCACCAUAUCCUCCUGGCCAGUACCCUCCUCCACCUGGGGACCCCAGAGCACAGCAAUAUUACCCUGAUGGCCCAUACAGGAGCAGAGCAGAUCCUUGGUACGGCAGAUACGAGGGGCCCAGUCCAGCAUACCGUGAUCCCAGUUACCAGUACAGAGAGCCCCAGCCAGAUCGCCCCAGCUCCCGGGCUAGUCAGUACUCUGACAGGCCAUCCUCCAGGCAAGGCUAUCCUGACGAUUACCAGAGAGCUAACCGAAGUGCCUAUAGUGACUAUUAUGCAGAUUACGCCAAGCACUAUGAUUAUGGAGGAUAUAAUUACGGACAGUAUGACCCUCGAUACAGAGGAUACUAUGAUCAGUCCUACUGGUCUAAUUAUGAUGACAGCUACAGAAGCAGAGACGGUUAUUACAAUCAACAAAUGUAUCCUGCCAGGAAAGAUGGCUAUGAUAACCUGUGGAGACACUACCCUGGAUAUGAUGCCAGUUUUGAUGAUGACUACCGCUGGCAUGGAGAAGGAUACGGUGAUGACUGUGACCGCCGCAGCGUGCACAGUGAGCAGUCAGCGCACAGUGUGCGCAGUUCUCACAGCCACCACAGCAGACGAAGCAGCUUCAGCUCACGCUCCCAACAGAGCCAGGUAUACAGGAGUCAGCCUGACCUAGUGUCUGCCGUGUACGACAACACAGCAUCCACUUUAGCUGUCGACUACUCCUAUGGACAGUAUCCAAAUCAGACAGAUGCUUCCCAGAAUUUCAGUCAGUAUCCCUAUCCAUCUGAGUACACAGCAGACAGCACCUGGAUUGCCCCUGAACAACCUCCACCUCGUCCAGCAACCCCGGAGAAGUUCACUAUGCCCCACCGCUGUGCUCGCUUUGGACCUGGUGGUCAUUUGGUCCAAGUGCUGCCUAACCUCCCCUCAGCUGGACAGCCUGCUCUUGUGGAUAUCCAUAACUUGGAGACCAUGCUGCAGGAUACCUCAGCUCAAUCAGAGCUUCGAUCCUUCCCUGGACCUCUUAUUAAGGAGGAUACACAUAAGGUGGAUGUGAUAAAGUUCUCCCAAAACAAAGCACUGGAGUGUUCCCGUGACAACAACCUCUUGGACAGGGACUCUGCCCGCCUUCUCUGGGACUUUAUUGUGCUGCUGUGUAGACAGAAUGGGACUGUAGUUGGCACAGACAUUGCAGACCUCUUGUUGAAGGAGCAUCGGUCUGUGUGGCUUCCUGGCAAGAGUCCUAAUGAGGCCAAUUUAAUUGAUUUUAACAACGAGCCCCUAUCACGGGCUGAGGAGGAGCCAGGAGCUGGACCGCUGUCUCUCCUAUCUGAUACCUUCAUGACUGUGCCAGAGAAUGUUGGCAAAGAAACUGAGCGCUUCAGGGAGCUACUACUGUUUGGCCGCAAGAAGGAUGCACUAGAAGCUGCUAUGAAAGGUGGACUGUGGGGCCAUGCACUGCUGUUGGCCAGUAAAAUGGACAAUAGGACACAUGCACGCGUAAUGACCAGAUUUGCCAACAGUUUGCCCAUCAAUGACCCUCUCCAGACAGUGUACCAGCUGAUGUCCGGUAGGAUGCCAGCAUCAGCAACUUGCUGUGGAGAAGAGAAGUGGGGUGACUGGCGCCCUCACCUGGCCAUGGUGUUGUCCAACCUCACGCACACUCUGGACCUCGAUACUCGCACCAUCACAACUAUGGGCGACACGCUUGCUUCUAAGGGACUGAUCGAUGCUGCACACUUUUGCUACAUGAUGGCUCAAGUCGGUCUGGGAGUUUUCACAAAGAAGAGCACCAAGAUGGUUCUGAUUGGCUCAAACCACAGCUUGCCCUUUUACCAGUUUGCCACCAAUGAAGCAAUCCAGAGGACUGAGGCCUACGAAUAUGCUCAGUCUCUUGGUUCACAGCCUUGUUCACUGCCCAAUUUCCAGGUGUAUAAGUUAAUCUAUGCAUGCCGCUUGGCUGAAGCGGGCCUGAGUGCUCAGGCUUUCCACUACUGUGAAGUUAUCUCCAAGGCUGUCCUCAUGCAGCCUUCCUACUACUCUCCUAUUUUCAUCAGCCAACUCAUACAGAUGUCAGAAAAACUGCGGUUCUUUGACCCACAACUGAAGGAGAAGCCCGAGCAGGAGUUGUUCAAUGAGCCUGAAUGGCUGAUUCACCUCAGACAGCUUGAUGGACAGAUCAGGACGGGAGUAAUCACAUACACUGCAGACAGAACAACUCCCACACAGUUCAACUGCAGCAGCCCUAGCUCUGAGUUGGAUGAACCCAGUCCUCCUGAACCUUAUAGCAUGCCACUGGACGUAGACGGGCCGACCCCCGACAACCCUCUGAUGAGCUCAUUGCUCCCUGGGCCUCCACCACAGGGAGUACAACUGAUGCCUCCAGCUCCUACCUCCAUCCUGCAAGAUGGAAUGCCCCCCACACAGCCCCAAUCCCCUGGUGAUAUGCCCACGUUAUACCCAGUGCCCCCCACUGGACCACCAGGCCACAUCCCUGUCUCAGGCUACCCGCCACAAGAUCCUGGCUUUGGCCCACCUCCGCCCUUCCAGCCUCAACCUGAGCAGUUGGACAUGUACCCAGGAGCCCACCAUCAGCCGGGCCCCCCACCUCCUCAGGUUGGCCAGGUGUCGCCUCACAUGCCCCCUCACAUGCCCCCUCAGAUGCCACAUUCACCUGUACAGAUGAACCCCGUUCCCGGUCAGAUGCCUCCACAUAUGCCUCCUUCUCCUGGACACAUGCCACACGUAGAGCAGCCUCCACAGAUGCUGCCAGAGAUGCAGACGGCUCAGUCAGCAUCAACCUCCCCUCCCAGAGGCUCCCUAACCCCCCAGAGGGACUUCUAUGACCACAUGGCUCUCAUGGGACCUGGAAGGAGAUCAAGGACUACUUCGCAAUCAUCAGCAUACAUGCCCUCAGGACAUCGCUCUCGCACCACCUCCGAGUCUUCCACUCACUCUGGUGGAAGGGAAAGGAGUAACUCGGCUAUCAAGCAGGCCUCUCCACCACCGCCCUCCAUCCCUGAGCAGCCCCGCAAAGAGGAGGCCAAGAAAGUCAAAAAAGACUCCCCAAAAAAGACACAGGGCAGUGGUGGUAGCUGGCUCAGUGGCUGGUUUACAAGGAAGGGGAAGAAUGAGGCUCAUCUGCCAGAUGAUAACAACAAAUCUAUUGUGUGGGAUGAAAAGAAGCAGAGAUGGAUCGACAUGAAUGAGCCUGAAGAGGAGAGUAAACCCCCUCCUCCACCUCCCUCUGGCUUUCCAAAGAUGCCGUCCAUGCCUGGACCUGCAGGACCCACAGGACCUGCAGGACCUGCUGCACCUCCAGGUUGUGGUCCGCCUGUCAACAUGUUCUCCAGGAAGGCGGGCACCAAGAGCAGAUAUGUGGAUGUUCUGAACCCCAGAGGAACCUCUAAAGCUGGUGGAUUAGCUCCGGCAGACAUCUUCGCUCCACUGGCACCAAUGGCCAUGCCUGCCAACCUAUUUGUGCCUAGUUCAGCUCCUGACGAUCAACAACCUCUAGAGGGCAGUGAAGGAGGAAAUCCAGAACAGAAUUCACCAAACGCCAGUGCUGUUCCGCAGAUGUUCAACCCAACGUUGUUACCACCUGCUCCAGAGGGGCCUCCUGUGCCUGAUGGCUCACAGUCUGGGGAGCUCUCACGUUCUAGCUCAAUGAGCUCUUUAUCACGCGAAGUGAGUCAGCAUUUAAACCAGGGUCACCCUCCCCCCGGACCUGCACCCACUGGAGGAAUCACCUUUUAUAAUCCUGCACAGUUUCCACAGACAAAUGCACCAUCAGGAGGUGGACUCCGCUCUGGUCGCCUUGGCGGUCAGCGCCAGUACCCUGUGAUAAGUAGACGCCAUCCUGCUUGAAGGCCUGUCAUGAGAGUGUUUGAAAUGAGUAAAAUCAGGCCUGGAAGAAACUGAAGCACAUGGACUUUCUGUGAUCUGAGAACUGAUCUUUUUUUUUUUUUUUUUUUUUUUGCCUGCACCUAAGAAGAGCAUAAUCACAGUCAUGUCGAUCUUUGUCAGAACAGCUAAACCACUCUUUAAUUUUUCUUCUCAGCUCAUUCAGUCAUUGUUGUUUUGAACAGCAGUGUUUCCUCGAAGGGCUUCUUCCAGCAUCCACACAGACGGUUGUAUAAAGGCUUAUCAACAGAUGCAUCCAUACACAAACAUGUUGUGUGGGCCUAAUUUAGUGUAUAAUAAAUGUCACUGGUUAAUCGACCAGCUUCCCCUCAGACGGACACUGGUUAACCAUAAGCUGAGCGAUCAUCCAGGUCCCUUUGUUCAGUUACCCUCUGCGUGUAUGUGUAAUUAACAGAAAGAAAGUGGCACCUUUUUAAUUUUACAUUAUGAACUUGUAUUUUCAGUUCUUCAGUGUUCUUACUGUCGGCUGGAAAAAGCAUUUUGUGUGAGAAUGAGUUUUGUCAGUCUUGCGUCGUCUACUGUGUCGUUGGCUUUUUCUCAGUUCGGCCUCCAGUAACAGAAGGAUGUCGGGGGAGUCUCGGCCCGGAGAAAAACGAGACUGGCACCCACCGAAGAUGGCGAAAGUCUGCAGUGUCAGGAUGCUGCUUAUUUCCGAUAUUAUUUCAAUGUCCUCCUGCCCAUCGGCGACUCUUCAGUGGGAUGCGCCGGGCUCUUUUUGUUUUCGUCCAAUUUAAACUUCGAUUCCUCUUGAGAAAUUCGACGUUACCGUCGGAAUGAAGAGUGGUCUUAGGAAUAGCAGGAAACAGGAGUAAACAGCAUUUUAAAAUGACAUUUAAAAUAAAUCUAUCCAAAUAUUUGUAUAUCAGAUUGAUUGUAUUUAUGAGCUGUAGGCAUAAAGUGUGUGUGUGUGUGUGUGUGUGUGUGUGUGUGUGUGUGGAGAGCAAUUAAUUUUUUCUGAUUAGCUUUAUUGAAAUGCAUUUAUGAUUCACUAGAGAUGACAUGGCUUCGUACUCUGAUCAUUUGUAUUGGCCGCUUCAGCAGACAAAUAAAUAUUUAUCUAAAAAUGUGAACUUAUUUCUCUCAGAAUUCUUUUUCUGAGAUAAUUUUUUUUAAACCAAUACUGUGUCUUUCAGAGUCCCCUCACUUCUACAAUGUUUCAUUAAAUGAGCUUGUAGACAUUGGUUCAUUUUGGUUUGAGAUCCCCCCCCCCCCCCCCUUGUUUUAAUUCCUCAUGUAAAUUUCUUGACAUAGAUGCACAGAAGGUAAAAAUGAAUGGAAAUAAAAGGUAUUUUUGCGCUCUGUAGCACUUUGAAA